GCAUGACACCAGGAAGUGACAAUAUCAAGGAAGGAUACGAGAGCUAGAUUUUUGUACUUCUUUCAUUUGCUUCUUAAAUUAUACUGCGAUAGCAAAUAAACUCUGCGACUGGCUUUUUAACAUUGCACGGAGAAGUAGCCCGUGAAGAUGAUGGACCCGGCACUUGCUGAGAUGGGAAACCAUCUCUCUGAUGCCAUGAAGAUUUUGGAAAGUGGAAAAUUGGAGACAGAACAGGCCAAAGAGAGAAGAAAGCUGAGUUGGAAAGACAUACCAGGACCUUUACAAGUAGAUGGACAGGAUGUUGUGAGCAUACUCCAGCUAGUCCAGAACCUGAUGCAUGGAGAUGAUGAUAUGCAGGGUCAUCGCAGGAUGCAUUAUGUUGGAGAGCAGGGACACAUGGCUCUAUUGGGACACAGUCUGGCUGCAUAUAUUUCUGUACUGGAUCGAGAAAGACUGAGAAAGCUUACCACACGCAUCCUGUCAGAUACCACUCUCUGGCUCUGCAGGCUUUUCAAAUAUGAAAACGGCUCUGCUUAUUACCAUGAAGAUGACCGUGAGGGGCUGCUGAAGGUGUGUCGGCUGGUCAUUAAUACUCAGUAUGAAGACUAUGCUACUGAGGGUUUUACUGUGCUCAGCUCUAAGCAGCCUGUUAUUUACCAAAGUGCUGCAUGCAGACCUGGCCUGGGACAACAUCUCUGCAGCCAGCUGGGGCUGCCUCUGUCAAGUCUUUGUAUUGUACCCUGUAACACAAUGUUUGGUUCCUUGCACCAAAUGGAUGUUGCAUUGCUUGACAAGCUGAUCAAAGAUGAUCAGGACUCUGGGAAGAUUCCGUUGUUGUUGAUAGCGAAUGCUGGAACGCCAGGUGCAGGUCACACAGAUAAACUCAGUCGUCUGAAAGAGCUCUGUGUUCAGUGCAACAUGUGGCUCCAUGUAGAGGGGGUGAAUUUGGCAACACUUGCUCUUGGUCAGGUCUCCUCCACUGUCACGGCGGCCACCAAGUGUGACAGUAUGACUUUAACCCCAGGCCCAUGGUUGGGUUUGCCAGCUGUGCCUGCUGUCACUCUCUACAGACAUGAGGACCCAGCUCUAUCUCUUGCAGCAGGUCUGACCUCCAGCCAACCAGUUGAGAAGCUGCGGGCUUUACCGCUCUGGCUGUCCCUGCAGUACCUUGGGCACAAUGGGAUUUUAGAGAGGAUCAAGCAUGCCGCACAGCUAAGUCAACAGCUGUUGGAGCUUUUAAAGACACUGGCUUCAAUAAAGACCUCGGAUGUGGUGUCUCAUUCCCGGGUCCCUCCCAUCUCCGGGGGCUCACUGCGGGACGUGCUGGGCUCUCUUAUACUCUCUAUUGUGGAGGAUGAACUGAAUUCUCCAGUGGUUGUCUUCAGGUUUUCACAAGAGUCCAGUGCACCGUCAAGUGGUGGCUCAGCAGAGGAUUAUUUUGCAGGGGAAAGAGAGAUUCUUGAUGCUCUUAACAGAUGGUUGGGUGAGCAGUUGGCACAGCAGGUGCCCAUCAGUGGUGUGGAUGUGGUUGAGCUGGAAGAUGAAGGCGCAUGUGUUCGUUUCAACCCCCUCAUGACCGCUGCAGUGCUUGGCACUCAGGAGAAUGAUGUGGCUGCAUUGGUGGAGAAGCUGGGAGAGAUGAUUCCAGUGCUGAGCUGCACCAUGUGCUUCAGACAGGACUUCAAAGAUGAGGUGCUUCAACAGGCUUCUCUUUCUUACAUUGAGGAUCUGAGCUGGCCUGGUCUGGGGGGUGUGAGGUAUGAGCCCAGAAGCACAGAUCUUGAUGAAGAUAAGAGACAACAGAGUAUGGAGGGGAUCAACAGCGACUUGCUUAAGAAACUGAAGGAGCUGGAUACAGACCUGAGCUUCUCUAUUGGCCCUGAGUUUUGUGAAGAGAAAAAUUGCAUAUUUAUUGGAUUGGCUACAGAGGACCUAGAUGUGGCAGAGUUGGUGGAAACAAUAGUAUCUCUUGGAAAAGACAUUGAAGAAAGUGGAAAGUUAUUUGAGAACAUGACUGAAGUAGUAAGAAAAGGCAUUCAGGAAGCUGAGCAGCAGCUUCAGAAAGCCAAUGAAGAGAAGCUUAUGGAGGAGGGUGUACUUCGACAGAUCCCUCUGGUGGGCUCUGUGCUAAACUGGUUCUCUCCGAUGCAGGCCUCUGUCAAAGGCAGGACUUUUAACCUGGCUGAAGGUUCUGUGGACAGCACCGAGCCAGUGUACUCCAUUAAAACCCAGAUGAGUAAAGACGCCUCCCCUGAUUCCCCCAAGUCCAGCGCCAAACGGUUCCCAGGACAAAAACUCUUCCAGCGCCAUGGAGCAGGCUCGGACUCUAUCAGUGAAACCAGUUCUGUUGGACAGCUUGAAGAAUCAUUCAGGGAAGCAGCACCUAUCCAGUCUGCAGAAGAGGAUGUGGCUGAGGUCCCUCAGGAGCACUCUUCACCUGCAGAUGAGGAAACUGUCUCAUCAGACCAGCAUGUACCAGAGGGCCAAGAGACAGAGAGUGCAGACGCACUUAGAUAAGACCACUCCUGAAUGGAUGUCCCUGCGGUUGAGGCGGUUGAGUGAAACCUGCAUCCAUGUCCUUUAUGCCUUGAGCAAUUCACUCUUGGAAAAAGGGAUAGUUCACCCAAAAAUUAAAAUUCUGUCAUCAUUGACUAAGAAAAAAAGCCAUAUAUGUUUAACGUGUUUCACUGUCCUGUUUAACUUUAGUCAUAAGUGAGUAAAUGAUGACCGAAUUAAAUUUUUUGGGAGAACUGAACUUUUAGAAAUAAAGCAGCUUUAAAUGCAAAUAACAAAACACUGUCUGAAUAUACGUCCUAAUCUAACAUCCUCAAUUCUUAGCGAGUAGAUAAGCAAUUGCACAUUUGUAUAUUUUGAUCAAUCAAAUUAUGUUUUAACCUUGGGGUCAGCUCACAAUUGUUUAUGUGCACUGCCAAUGGCUCUCACCAUAACGGGUGACUUUAGUUUCCUUCAAAUUAUGGUUAUGGAUGCUUUCCCUUAUCUAGAGGCCUGUCUAACAGGUUUUUCUUAUCCAUUUAGGCACACUUUAUUUACACAACUUAAGGGCUAUUGUGGCCUCACCAUCAUGAUUACUAAUGCCAAAAGGUGGUUUUAUGUUUGCGUUAUGUACUCUUCAUAGGCAGAGACGGACGAAAAGUUGUGAUGCUUAAAGACUCCUUCAGUUGUUUCUAAUCAAAUGAUAGCCUUAUUGCACUUUUAUGUACAGAAUGUCACACUUUAUUCAGAACAACCGAAUACUUAUUUAUUCUAUUAUUGAUUCUCUUGGAGGACAUUAGGCUAUUUAGAGACAAGAGUAACAUUUGUCCAAAUUUACAGUAAUUCCCUUAAAGUGUGAGGAUUUCAAAUCACACAGAUCCAUUCAGCACUUUUGGCUUUACAACUAGUGAAAUUAUGAUUAUACUGCUCUCACUGUGAAGAAUGUGUUUGUUUGAGUAAUGUGUUAAAUUUUUGGAUGUAUGUGAAGGCUAAAUAUGAUGUACCAAGAUGAUUUUAUCUUGUUUACACUAACGUUAAUUUUUUUGGCACACAAAAAUAAUUGCUACUCUGAAAUUGUCUUUCAACUUGCAUCAGCAUAUGAAUAUUGUGUGUAUACUCCAUCCAUGAGAAGAAAUGACACUACAGCUACUGUAGAUCACAUCCAUCCAUAUUUUAUUUUUGGACAGGAAGAGCUCUUUUCAUAAUUGUGCUUCCUUAUGGACUAAUAAUGUAAUUGUAAACCUGUACAUCUUUUUUCAGACUUAUUCUAUUGGUGCAAUAAAUUAUUGGGAUUUUCUUUGGGGGAAAGGGAGUACUGACUUGAAAUAUUGCAUCAAAAGUAAGAACAGUGGUUUUAUAAUUACAAUGAUUUAAUUUUACAAUGAGCAAUGAUGUAAAGACAAUAAAGAAAAUAGCCCUUAAACCUAAAGAGUUAUUUGUCAGUAUUUUAAAAUUAUUUUCUUAAAGGUGCACUCAGCAACUUUUGUCUUUGUGUCACCUAGCAGCUUAGGCUAUAUGCAACAUCAUUUAAAAUCAAUAGUUUUACGUUUCAAAUGCCAUUGUAGAAAUGUAGUAUUCACAGUCAGCUAUGAUUAAUUUAAUCAGUGAGUGGAAGUGUCAAAUAACAAGAUGGUUACAGAGAUAGUAGGAUUUGGCCGUGCAUGUGAUUCUAACAUGGCCGCCCCCAUGUGCGGAUCCCCUCCAUGUAGAAUAAAAUCGC